GUAUCUUGUUUUUUAUUAAUUUUACUAUACCUACUACUGUAUUCUUUGUUGUUAUUCUGUUCUUAGAACAACCAUUUCACAAUGCGCAACGUAGAAAUCAAAGCCAGAAUAACCGACUACGAGAACAUUUGCAAAGUGGCUGCAGAACUGAGUCAAUCGGAAGGCACCAUUAUAAAACAAGACGAUACUUUCUACAGAGUCAACGAUGGUCGGUUAAAGAUGCGUUUCUACGCGAACUCAUCGGCUACUCUAGUGCGUUACGAUCGAGACGACGAAGGCGGACCAAAGCUGAGUAACUACGAGUUGUUGGAGUUUUCGGCGAAUGAAAGUGAGAAGGCGUCGCUGCUGGAUAGCAUGUUGAGGAAAUGUUUGGGCGCGCGAGGUCGUGUGGUCAAGGAGCGUAAGCUCUUCAUGGUCGGCCAGACCCGAGUCCACAUAGACACCGUCCAAGACCUCGGGCACUUCAUGGAACUUGAAGUGGUACUGCGGCCCGAGCAGGCGCUGGAGGAUGGCCAGGCCAUCGCUCGGGACUUGCAGACUAAACUUGGAGUUAAGGACGAGGAUCUGAUCGAGUGUGCCUAUGUUGAUCUUUUAGAUAAGAAGUAGUAUAUUGUCUUAGAUGAUUGUAAUUCUGAAACCGUUUACUUUUCAGGAUUUUCGUAAGGUUAUUCUAUAGAUAGGUUAGGUUUGUUUUAUGGCAAUCCUGAAAAAUUACGCGUUUCUGAGAAAAACCAAAUUAUGACUAACGAAAAUGCAGACAAACAAUACAUUAUGACUUAAAUUUUGUGGGAAACAAUAGAGACCGAUCAAGUACGUCUCGAAACCUUUCAAAUGAGCCUAGACUCAAUGUGUUUAUGUCUUUCCAUCGAAGUUCCUUUGGCCACCUUCCGACUGCAUCAUCAGAUCAGCUCCAUGUUGGCAUAUUAUUGCAUUGUCAUCGGAAAUACGGAAGUAUGCGAAAUUUCAGUUUAAUG